CACCAAAAUGCGUAACUGAUUGGAGAGGAUACGUCAAAGCUGUCGCGACACAGCUCGCAGUUAGGCUUGAAGAGCAUAUGGCUGUGCAGAGAAAAGCACCGCUCCUCUUUAUAGCCCAUGGACUUGGUGACCUUGUGGUUCAGGAAGCAGCUAUUCAGCGGGCUAGUGGAUUGAAUAUCCUCCAGGAAACGGACGUGGGUUACAUUUUUCUCAAUACGCCAUUUCCAAACUAUCAAGGCUCUGAUCGCUGGGAUAAAGACAAGUACGGGUUCUUUUCUUUUAUUCAACGCACAAGGCGAUACGACUUCGUCGAGCUAGCAUUGGCAUCGGAGGGUAGAUUUUCGAACGGAAGGCUCUGGAUGGAGUUUGUAAACGCCGUAAGUGGGCGUGUGAAGCGAAUGCCGAUUGCAUGGGUUUACAGAUCGGAUGAAGCAAGCUUUAUUCCGCCCUCUUUCAGCAAGCUUUUCGUCAGUGUCAACGGGCCCAGCUCAGCUGGUUUUCAUACCCUAAGCCACCACGCUUAUAAGUCCGUUGUCGCUUUGAUCAGGUCACCAACCGCUCUACAUGCUUCGAAAUACCCUGAGUUGCUUGUCCUUCUGAAGCUGGCAUUUGAAGCCCCGGGGUUUCCUAAGGAUGUCUGCGACGGGUCGGGUAGCUCGCUUCUACAUCUGGCUGCUUCAUUUCAUAACCAGAGAGCAGUGGAAUUUCUCGUUUUUCAAGCUCGGCAACGUCGCUUGUUCUUCAAGCACAAAGAUCGAGUCGGCCGGAGGCCCUUGCAUACCGCUGUUAUAGCAGCAGCCCAAUUACUUCCAGAUGGCGAUCGCAAGACCUGUCAAGAGAUCAUAAAAAUCUUAAUGUCCAGCACAUCGAGCAUUGAUCACCAUGAUGGCAGUCGAUGUACUGCCUGGGAUUAUGUCAAGCCAGAAAAUCCAAUUAUGAGUGGAUCAGCAUGCUGAAGCGGAUGCAUAGUAAAACUGAUGAGGAUGGCUCCACUCUACCACCAUUUACGCCCCCCAAAGGGCUGCAGAUGUCUGCAUGCGGCAAAUUUGAAUCACUUGUCGCUGAGUUUCAUUUAACUCGGGAUGGGCG